AGCUGCUAUUGUGUCGCGGUUGUUCGAGAUUCAUCUUGCUAUAACAAAUCCCAGUCGCCCCUACCAGGUACAAUAUCCAUCAAUCUUCCUAGCACCGAGCGUACUUCUUCGACGCCACCUUUCACUCAUCACCACUAAAAUGCCGAACCAAUCCACCUCUUUCCCUCCUGAAAUAAAAUCUCAACUCCAGCUACUCAUCUCUGCAAACCACAUCCUCCACUACCACGGCCUAGUGGACGCAUUCGGCCACAUCUCCAUCCGCCACCCCUUGAAUCCCAAUCACUACAUCAUUGCAUCCUACAAUCCUGGAGCUCCGGCUCUAGUCUCCUCCUUUGCCCACUUUAUCGAAUAUCGCGUCUCUGACUCCUCGCCCCUGGACCAAGACGCGCCUCGAGGGUACAGCGAACGGUACAUUCAUAGCGAGAUAUUUAAACGGUUCCCAAGGGUCAUGUGCGUUGUGCAUUCACAUUCCGAGGCUGUAAUUCCGUUUAUGACUGCGGGAGUGCAGAUUCGGCCUGUUUUCCACAUGGCUGGGUUUCUGGGGAAGGACGGUCCACCGACGUUUGAUGUCACGAGGACAUACCAGGAUCUGGAGUCGAGAAAAAUUUCACAUUCCCCAGAUAUGCUAAUUAAAACUGAGCACCUUGGGGCGAAACUGGCUGAGACUUUCGACGUGCAGGAUAGGGCUUUCGGAGAUGUGAGCGUGGAAAGGGAAGUAGAAGCCCGGCCUGUUGUUUUACAGCACAAGCACGGUUUUACGUGUGUGGGCGAUAGCAUUCAAAAUGCUGUGUAUCGAGCUAUUUAUUUGCAGAAGAACUGCGCUUUGUUAAAGAACGCGUUGGAUCUUCAGAGUGUGAAGAGAGCUAGCGCGGCAGAUAUCAGUUUUCUGACGGAAGAAGAGGCAAAGGGCUGCGCAAAGAUGAAUGAAAUGACAGCGGAUAAAGCGUUCAGACUGUGGCUGAGAGAAGUGGAAGUGAAUCCAUUGUACAGGAAUGAGGAGGGUGUACCAAAAGAUUUGCCUGUUGGGGGUAUGAAGGACUAAAGAAAGAG